GCGCUGCCUGCUUCCUGGGCAUGCUUCUAUUUACAUUAACUGCCAUAUUCCCCUCAUUGAGGCCACCGUCCUGUACAUAUAGCCCCUGCCAGGGCCCAACAACAUGGCAGUUCGCAAUACUCUUCAUGGCCUUAGCCCUAAUGACCGUGGGCCUUGGCGGGACCCGGUUCACCGGAGCAGCUAUGGGCGCAGCCCAAUUCGGUGACGAGAAUGACCGAGACACUUUCUUCAGCUGGUACCUCGUCGCGAUGUACAUUUCUUCGAUCAUCGGCACCGUCGGGAUCGUGUACAUUCAGGCUAAUUUGGGCUGGGUCCUGGGCUUUGGCGUGUGCUCUGUAAUUGCAGCAGUCGGUUUCGUCAUCUUUCUCCUUGGGAAUCGUUAUUAUCGGCAUCCUAAGCCGCAGGAGAAUCCACUUGUCGAUAUUUUUCGACAGAUAUUGUCACGGGCGGGGAAGCGAAAGGCGGCGUCGGAGUCAUCUGAAAGGCUACUGUGUUGCAGUAAGGUUGAUGAUGGAGCAGUUGAACCGCAAACCACGAUUGAGUGUCCAAGGUCUCAAGAGGAAGCAACGACACAAGAGGUCAAACAAGAAGACGAACUCACCAUCCUCCUCCGGCUUGUCCCCCUAAUCACAACUGGCAUCAUCCUCAGCUUCUACCUCGGCCUCCAAAUGUCCACCUCCUUCCUCCAAGCCCUCGUCAUGGACCUCCAUCUCACCCCAAGCCUCACUAUCCCCAUCGGCUCCAUCUCCAUCUUCCUCAUCCUAUCCGCCACCCUCUCCAUCCCCCUCCUCAAUUACCUCCUCUACCCUCUCCACCGCUUCCUCACCGGUCAACACCCAACCUCCCUGGCCCGCAUCGGCUUCGGAUUUCUCAUCACAACCCUCGCCAUGGUCUACGGCGCCCUAACCGAACGAAAGCGGCUCCACGACCUCCAAACCGAUGCUCAACCAAUGUCCGUUCUUUGGCUCGUGCCGUGUUUUAUGCUGGUAGGGUUCGGCGAGGCACUACAUUUUCCGGGGCAGCUCGCGUUCUUCUAUCAGGAGUUCCCAGAGUCGUUCAAGGGGUCCGGGAUGGCGGUGAGCGCGCUUCAAUCGGGGGUCGGGAGUUAUGCCACGUCGGCGGGCAUUGGGAUGAUUAGGCGGUUUUUGGACGGGUGGAUGGCGGAUAAUGCUAACGAGUCGAGGUUGGAUAAGGUGUAUUGGUUGAUGGCUGGAGUUGGCGCGGUGAAUUUUGGGUGUUUUGUUGCGUGUGCGAGGUUGUAUACGAGGAAAAAGGGAGGGAAGAGUUGAAUUCUCAUGUACUCACCAUUAAUGCAAUGUGCUGAAUAAGAAUUUUUUUUUUGAAACA